UCGCUUACCACUGUUCUGCUCUUGUCCUACAUCUCCUUCAAGAACAAGAAGAAAAGAAUGGCAAGAAAUGAACUCCAUGUCCUCAAUGCACUUGACCUUGCUAAAACACAAUGGUACCAUUUCACGGCGAUCAUCAUCGCCGGAAUGGGCUUCUUCACCGACGCUUAUGAUCUCUUUGGCAUCUCACUUGUCACAAAACUCCUCGGUCGUAUUUACUACUAUGUGCCCGAGUCACCGAACCCAGGAACACUGCCUCCAAACAUCGCCGCCGCCGUUAAUGGUGUCGCCUUCGUGGGAACACUCUCCGGCCAACUCUUCUUUGGUUGGCUUGGUGAUAAGAUGGGUAGGAAAAAAGUCUAUGGUAUGACACUCAUGCUGAUGGUCAUUUGUUCAAUUGCCUCCGGCUUAUCUUUCGGUCAUACUCCCAAUGGUGUUAUUGCCACUCUUUGCUUCUUUCGCUUUUGGCUUGGUUUUGGUAUUGGUGGUGAUUAUCCGCUUUCGGCCACAAUCAUGUCUGAGUAUGCAAACAAGAAAACUCGGGGGGCUUUUAUUGCGGCUGUCUUCGCAAUGCAAGGCUUCGGCAUUCUUGCCGGUGGAAUGGUGGCCAUAAUAAUAGCAGCUGCAUUCAAGAGCAAAUUCGAUGCCCCUCCGUACAAUGUUGAUCGGGCAAUGUCCACUGUGCCACAAGCUGACUAUGUUUGGCGUAUCAUACUAAUGUUCGGUGCAAUGCCUGCAGCGAUGACUUACUAUUGGCGGAUGAAAAUGCCGGAGACAGCGAGGUAUACUGCACUUGUUGCAAAAAAUGCAAAGCAAGCGGCAGCAGAUAUGUCGAGGGUCUUGCAAGUUGAGAUCGAAGAAGAACAAUCAAAGGUCGAGGAAAUUACAAACAAUGGAGCUAAUAACUUCGGUUUGUUCUCUCAUGAGUUCUUCCGCCUCCACGGCCUUCAUCUGCUCGGUACAACAAGUUGUUGGUUCCUCCUUGAUAUUGCCUUCUACUCGCAAAAUCUUUUUCAAAAGGACAUCUUUUCCGCGAUCAAUUGGAUACCGAAAGCAAACACUAUGAGUGCACUUGAUGAACUUUACAAGAUUGCGCGGGCACAAACUCUUAUUGCGCUUUGCGGUACCGUGCCUGGUUACUGGUUCACGGUCGCACUCAUAGAUGUAGUUGGUCGGUUUUGGAUUCAGCUUCUCGGUUUUAUAAUGAUGACCGCUUUCAUGCUUGGCCUUGCAAUACCAUACCAUCACUGGACUACUAAAGGCAACCACAUUGGCUUUAUAGUUAUGUAUGCAUUCACUUUCUUCUUCGCAAACUUCGGUCCUAAUAGUACCACGUUCAUUGUUCCUGCCGAGAUUUUUCCAGCAAGGUUGCGAUCGACAUGCCAUGGUAUAUCGGCAGCGGCAGGUAAGGCAGGGGCGAUUAUUGGGUCAUUCGGGUUUUUAUAUGCGGCACAAAAUCAAGACAAAUCAAAAGCUGAUUAUGGUUACCCCGCCGGAAUCGGAGUUAGGAACUCUUUGUUUGUGCUUGCAGCAUGUAACUUGCUUGGGGUAUUUUUCACCUUGUUGGUACCAGAGUCCAAAGGAAAAUCACUUGAAGAAAUGUCUGGUGAGCAUGAAGAUGAAUCAGAGACCAGCAACAGGACUGUUCCUGUCUAAGUCCUUUGAGUUACCCUUUAAUUGUGUUCUCCUAAGAACGUUCAACUCUUAUUGUAACUAUUAGAGAUUAUGUAUGCAACACUUCCUCGUCUAAGCAAAGUUAGCAAACAGAUAUUUACUACAA